AUGAGCCACCGAGAAGGACAACCGUCGCCGAGCGCGGCCGCCAUCGGUGAAGAUGAGCGCCAGUACGCGGUCGGUGGUAUGACCUCGCAAGAGGUCAACGAGAACUACCCUGGUCGCCCAAGGAAUCACUCCGAGACAUUCCUCUUCUCGGAGCUCUUUAAGAGCCUCUUCAACCCCUUGAUGGAGAACAAGAAGCAGCCCCCCGGCUCGGGCCCGCCCCGCGCCAAACUCGGGCCCCAUGGCCCUUCCAAGCCGUCGCCGAGCGAGCAGCGCCGCCACAUCAUCGACCGGUUCAUCUCGCGAUGGCGAAAGAAUGUCGGCCACGAUUUUUACCCGGCCAUGCGAUUGAUCCUGCCCGACAAGGACCGUGACAGGGGCGUCUAUGGCCUCAAGGAGAACGCCAUUGGCAAGCUCCUCGUCAAGCUCAUGAAGAUUGACAAGAACUCCGAGGACGGCUACAACCUCCUGCACUGGAAGCUGCCCGGCCAAACCACGGCGUCGCGAAUGGCCGGCGACUUUGCGGGUCGAGCCUUUGAGGUCUUGUCGAAGCGUCCCAUGCGCAUCGAAGUGGGUGACAUGACGAUUGCCGACGUCAAUGAGCUGCUCGACAAGCUGGCCGGGUCCUCGGGAGAGCUGGAGAACCUCGAAGUGUUUGAGACGUUCUACGAGCGCAUGAACGCCGAAGAGCUCAUGUGGCUGAUCCGCAUCAUCCUGAAGCAGAUGAAGGUUGGCGCCACGGAAAAGACGUUGCUUCAUCUCUGGCACCCCGACGCCGAGACUUUGUUCAACGUGUCGUCCAGCCUGCGGCGCGUGUGCUGGGAACUGUUCGACCCACAGGUCCGGCUGGAGCAGGAGAACACGGGCGUCACCCUCAUGCAAUGCUUCCAGCCACAAUUAGCGCAGUUUCAGAUGCCGGCAUCGUUCCAGAAGAUGGUCGACUACCUGCGCCCACCGAGAGGAUCCCGAGGCCUCAAGGACGAUCGCGGCGCGUGGACGCGACACCUCGGCAAGGCCUUUGCCGCUGGCGUGCGAAACAUCAUCUUGGACGGCGAGAUGAUCACCUGGGACCCGGACACCGACAAGAUCAUGCAGUUUGGCACCUUGAAGACGGCAGCGCUGGCUGAACAGAAGAACCCCUACAACAACACUGGCCCCCGCCCGCUCUUCCGCGUCUUUGACAUCUUGUACCUGAAUGACCAGCCGUUGACGCGAUACACCCUCCGCGAUCGCUACAAUGCGCUGAGGAAAGCUGUUAUUGGUGUACACAGAAGGAUAGAGGUACACGAGCACGAGGCCGCGACAUCGGCAGAUGCCAUCGAGCCACUCCUUCGCAAAGUCGUCGCCGAGGCCUCGGAAGGCUUGGUCCUCAAGAACCCGCGCUCCAUGUACCGCCUCAACAGCCGGAACGACGAUUGGCUCAAAGUGAAGCCCGAGUACAUGACAGAGUUUGGCGAAUCGCUCGAUUGUGUCGUGAUUGGCGGCUACUACGGCUCGGGGAAGCGAGGCGGCAUUCUCUCCACGUACUUGUGCGGCCUGCGCGUCAGCGAGAACCACAUCAAAGCGGGAGCCAACCCCGAGAAGUGCUUCAGUCUUUUCAAAGUUGGCGGCGGCUUCAGCGUGGAGGACUAUGCCGAGAUUCGUCAUCACACCGACGGCAAGUGGAAGGACUGGGAUCCCAAGAAGCCGCCGAACGAGUACAUUGAAUUAGCACACGGCUUUGCCGAGAAACCAGAUGUCUGGAUCAGGCCAAAGGACUCAUUUGUCCUCGAAGCAAAGGCCUCCAGCGUCGGCCCAUCCGAUCAAUUUGCCCUGGGCUUCACGCUGCGAUUCCCCAGGUUUCGCAAGCUCCGAAAAGACAAGAGCUGGGAUCAGGGCCUCAGCGUGCAGGAAUUCCAGGACCUGCGUCGACGUGUCGAAGAGGAGGCUCAGGAGAAGACAAUGAGCGUGGAGAACACAAAGCGCAGAGCUGUCAAGCGUGUCAAGAAGGAACUUGUCAUUGCUGGCACCGACAGCACACCUGUUCAGUUUGAGGGCGAGAAGUCAAAGGUCUUCGAGGGGCUGGAAUUCUGCGUCCUGUCCGAAUCCCUCAAGCCAUUCAAGAAGACCAAGACACAGCUGGAGACAACGAUCAAAGCAAACGGCGGUCGCAUCACGCAGCGACACGCCGCGCGGUCAGACCUGAUCCUUAUCGCGGACAAGCGGGUCGUCAGCGUCGCCAGUCUCAUCAAGAAGGGCGACGUGGACAUCAUCCGGCCCAAUUGGGUUCAAGAUUGUCUCGCACAAGAAACCGACGACGGUCUUCUGCCCUACGAAGAACGCCAUUUGUUCCACGCAACAGAGGGCCUGCGAGAGAUUGCUAGGCAGAACACAGACGAGUUUGGUGACAGCUACUUCCGGAUUGUAGACGUGGAGGAGCUGCGGCAGAUUCUGGUUGACAUGUCUCCGCACGAGAAGAGUGAAGAGCGCGACGAGGACGCGGCCGAGUUUGCACGCCAGCUCAAGGAGAGGGGGAACGACUUGGGCGAACGGGAUAGUGCCGUCUUUGGUCGUUGUGUCGUUCACCUUCAUGUUCUACCCGGUGGGGAGCUCGACGCGUUUCGCUUGCGGAACUACAUUGCCUUCGGCGGCGGGGAGGUUACCGAUGGCUUGCCCGUUGAUUCAUCCACGCACAUUAUGCUCGUCGGAGGGCGAGAUGCAGAGAAACAGGAUGCGGCCGUUUCGGUGCGCAAGGACAUCGGCAACCGGCAGAAGAUACCCCGCGUUGUUGCUUCACAAUGGGUAGAGGACUCGUGGAAGGAGAGGACGAUGCUCGACGAGGAGCGAUACAGGGUAUAA